UGUGGACAGCGAAUUACUGUUCAUGAUAAUGAAACCCACAAGUGUAUCUUGUGAGAAGCAAGAACUCCUCUGUGAGAAGCAGGACUCCUCUUUACCAAAUAGACCAGGCUGUUAAGUUGGUACACCCAAGGAUUGUCGCACUGAGGAAGCAAAUUUUUCUGCUUGUAUCAAAAUAUUGGAGAGCUUUGGAAUAUUCAGAGUAACAAGUCACGUGUGAAGUUACUUAUGGAGAAAUUUGAGAGAUGUAACAGAGACACAGAGGAUACUCUAAACAGCAAAUCCAUCAAAAUUCCAAGACGAGAUAUCCCCACAGGAUUACAGACAAGAAAAGCAGCAUUUGAGAAAUUUAAAAAUAAAGGAUAUGCUGCAUUUUCUGCAGGACCCAGUACCCUUCACAAACCUAUUCAGCCUAAGCCUCCUCCAGCAGUCAAGCCUUCAAGUGAUGAUAAAACAGAAAAAGACCCAAAUCCACCACAUUUGAACCCAGUGGCACAAAGGUUUGGUGUUCAGCUUCAGCCCACGAACAGAGGAAAUGAUGGAAAAACCGGAUGCACUAAAUCCUCUAUCAAAACCAGUGACCUAUCAAAAGAGGACCCAAAGCCUUUGAACCCAAAACCUGCAUGGAACAAGUUCCUUACUCCUCCUGAUAAAGAAAAACAUCCUCUGGAACCAAAACCAAAUUUUAAUUUUGCAUCACAGGAGAAUGAGGGAAAAACAGAAUUUUCAAAAGUAGUUGCAGUUAAGGAAAAAUUAAGGUCUGCAACACAAGAAAAUGAGCCCAAGCCUCCUGUUUCUAAACCACCUCUUGCACAGAAGCCUUCUCUAAACAAUGAGGUAUCUCAGAAUGAAGACACUUCUAACAAAAGUGGUUUUCUGCAAAGACAGUCAGGACUUAGAACAAAUAUACACGCACUCCAAGAAGCAAAGGAAAUGGGUGAAAACAGUAACUCUGCUGCAGAAGGUGCAGGUAGUCAUUUUCCUAAAAUAGCUCUAAAGCCUACUGGCCACAGGCUCAGCUUAUCAAAAGGAACCCCAAAAGCUGUGGCAGAAAACACUGAAGAAAAGGGAAUGAGUGCUACCAAGAACAUCUUCCUCAACAAAAUCACCCAGGAAGGAUCAGGUUCUUCUAGUAAAUUCUAUAAGAUGAAUACAGCAUUUGCUGCAGGAAGACCAUCAGGUGAACCCCAAGAGAAAGAGAAUGGGGACAGGAGUUCUGUCCCAAUACCCAAGCAGAAACUCUUGCCCCCAGUGUUCGAGCUGGGCCAGCCCCCAGAAAAGCCCAGCAGACCCCCCACCAUGCACCUGGGAAAGUUCCAGAAAUGCUGCCAAGAAAAGAAUCCUAAAAAUGAAGGUUUGGAACAGAAAGCACCUUCCUCAGCAGCCCUUGCCCCACCGGCACCUCCAUCACAUUCCACUGUGCAGUUUCCACCUCCUCCACCAGCCUCUCACCCAUCCCUGCCAGCAGCUCCCAGUCUGCCUCCCAGAAACAUCAAGCCCAACUCUGAAACAACAAACCUAGACAAUGAAGAAAAUUAUGAUGAUGUUGAAUUUGUUUCACAGGGUCAUGGAAAUACACAGAAGGGCCAAGAAAGUGAUGGAGAGACGUAUGAAGACAUUAAUGACAUCAGAUCACCAAUGAGGAAAAAGCAAAAGCAGGACGAAGAUAAGAGAAGAAUGGACCAAGAGAAGAAAGAACAAAAGGAAAAAGAAAAGAAAGAGCAUGAACUGAGGAAAAAGUUUAAAUUAACAGGACCCAUUGAAGUCCUUCAUCAGGCACGAGCUCGGGUUGACCACAAGGGACGGAAGGGUGAACUGACUGUCAAACAGGGGGAUAAGAUUGAAAUCAUUCGCCUCACAGACAACCCAGAAGGAAAGUGGCUGGGCAGGAUAAAAGAAUGCUAUGGAUACAUUAAAACAACCAUGGUGGAGAUUGAUUAUGAUUCUUUAAAAAGAAAACAAAAACCAUCUACCAGAGCUGCUGUGAAACAUACAGAGAGUGAUCAAGAAACAUAUGAUGAUGUUGGAGAGCAGGACACUACUAGCAGUCAAAGUGGUGACCAAGGUGGAAGUGGAAACAUGAUCCAACCUCCUCCUUCUGAUCAAGACAUUUAUGAUGAAAUUGAUGAAGAGGAUGCUACACCUAGGUCUGUAUCGCAGGAUGAAGAUAAGAAUGGUAUCUGGGCCUGGGGAAUCUUGAAGAGGCUAAAGGUCAAAGAUGACAAAAAGAAAAAUGUACGAGAAAAAACAGCCAAAGUCAAUGAGGCAGAAGAAAAUGAAAAUUUGUUCAUGUCUUCUUCAACAAAGCAGUCUGGAAAAGAUUAUGGAGACAACGUUUAUGAUGAUGUAGAUUCUUCAGAUUUUCCUCCUCCACCACCUGAACUCAGUUCAUCAAAAUCAGGAAGCUUUGGAAAACCUAAGUCAGAUGAAAAAGAUAUGCAAAAACUCAAGAAGAUGGAAAAAGAAGAGAAAGAGUUCAGAAAAAAAUUCAAAUUUGAUGGUGAAAUAAAAGUUCUUUACUCUACAACCACAGUCCAGGAAUUGUCUCAGAAAAGAUGGGGAUAUAAAGACUUACAAAUUAAACCAGGGGAAUCUCUUGACAUUAUUGAAAGUACAGAUGAUACCAAGGUCCUCUGCAGGAAUCAAGAAGGAAAAUAUGGCUAUGUUCUGAGAAGCAAUUUAGUUCAGAAUGAUGGAGAGAUUUAUGAUGAUGUCGGUGACGAUUGCAUCUAUGACAAUGGCUCUGAUGCUGAAUUCUCUUGAAAUAACAACGUCGUUGAAGAUCAAACGCUAGUUUGGAAUCCCACCUGUGAAAGGAAGAAGAAUCAUGAAUGCUGAUUGCAAGUUAAUUGGUUGCUUUUUUAAAUGUACAAUUAACCUUUUUUUGGGAUUUCAGCCUCUAGUGGUUUGUACAAAUUUGUAUUCCAAAUUAUCUGAGCAUUUAAAAUUCAGGGAAUAUGAGCCAAAGUUAGGGUUGUAAUUUUUCACUUCCUUUCCAUAUUUCUGACAGUCCAUGUAGAAACACUUCUUUAAUUAAGUAUUUCCAAAGAGGCCAGUCCACAUCUGUUAAGGUUACUGAGGACAACAAUCCCUGGCAACAGGUUUUACUCUGGUUUUCACCUAUUAAACACCAAAGACAGUCAUUCUGGGUAGGACAGAAUUCUGAAAAAGAAAUGGUAAUAACAUCCUGUUGUGAAAAGAAGAAAUCAAAAGUAGGCAUCACAGUAAGCAAUACAUCACUGACUUGCCAUUCCAACUGCAAUAAUGUUAGCUACACUGACAUAUGCAGCCAUGUUCCAUUAUUGCAAAAGUCUCUUUUUCUGUGUUGUACUAAUGAUAGAAUAUCAUUCUCUAAAAUUUAUCUGAAGUCUCCUUUAGAGUAUAGUGUUCUACUUUAUACUGUAUUGUUGCUCAAAAUAUACUCAGAACAUUUAGGUUAAGAUGUAAUUUCUGUUUAGUUUGAAGAUAAGUUGCCACUAUAGGUAUUAUAAGCUAUAAACUGAUGAUAAACUGUUUGGAAAUUACUUCUAGGCUAAAUAUAAAGGUGUCUUGAUCACUCUGUUUUGAUAAUGCUCUUUUUCUCAAAGUACUGCAGUUUAAUCUGAGAUUUGGCUAAGAAAGAGUAUAGAAAUCAAGUAAUUCCAUGCUUAUCCAUUGUAGAACUAACAUUUAUUCCUAAAGUUAAUUUUUGAUGCUGUUGUCUGAAUGACCAAGUUGCAAAUAAAAGCAAAUUCAACAGGAAACUCUUAAUAAUAAAUAUCAUUUUACCCUUAUAUAUCAGAAGUCACUGGAAAUCAAAAGAUAUUUACAGUAAGCUUCCAAUUAAGACGGUGAGUGUGUUCAAAAGUGGAACAUCUGUUGCUUUUGCUGUAGUGCAAGUUAAUCAAAAACCUGUAAAAACCAAUGUGGUUGGAUCAGUGUGGGCAGCUCCUUUUGAUGAUUGAGUCUUCUUUAAUCCUGAAGGGAAGUCAGGUACAUUGUACAACAUAGCAAGGUUAGUUUAUAAACAUCAAAAAAUGGCUCUGUUGGCUCUGUUAGUCAGUGACUUUUGGUCUCACCUUCAGUGGAGCUGAGAUUCCAUCUUAUAAAAGUAUCUUUUAUUGCUGCUUCAAAAUACAGUAAAUCUCAAAGGAGGCAUAAUGCAAUGGAGAUAUCAAGCAUAAAAUUAAGAGAUAGUAGCCUAUAAGCUAUUUUGUACUGUAUGUAAAAACUCUGAUAGUAUACUGAAAAGCUAUAUGCAAACUUGACUUUCCGUUUGCUAUUUCUCUUAUCUAUUUGCUAUUCAACCUGCAUCCAGGCAUCAAAUACCAAUCUUAUGUGUAAACAUCAACAGCAGCACCCAAAUAUAAAACAUGACCGCGCAUACAAAGUGCAAUGAAUAUGUCUGACUACUUGACUGUCACUGCUAAUGGAUUAUUUAUUUUUCAGUGUCAUUCAAGAGGCUGUCUGCAUUUAAUUAAUGAUAUGCAAAAGAACUGAGUCAGCAUGCAGGCAACUACACAACUACAUAGUUUUUCCAUGUUCUUAGUGUUAAUGUGUGUAGGCACUGUGAUUCUGAUCAAUAAUACUGACUAAAUUGGUCAUAUGAUACAUUAAAAAAUAGAAGAAAUAAAUAUACUUACAGCUAAAACUCUAUGCAUUGCUUGUUCAGAUCAAAUAUAAUGUGAUUUCUGCAGGGUUUUAGAAUUAAUUUGUAAGGCAUUACUCAUUAAAAAAUUACUGGCAUUGUAUCUUUUAACUUUUACCAAUGCUUUUUUUUCAUUUCUUCUGAAGUAUUUCUUCUAAAUAAAGUUUUCUUUCUUUAACAAGAA